AUGGUGAGGAAGGCUUUCAGAUGGAGAAACCAAAGUACACUGUCAGGUGUCUCGGAUGCCAUGAACACUGAUGUACCGCCAACCCUACUUGCCAAACGCGAUCGUGAGGCACAACGGUUCAACGAGGUUAUUACGCUUGCUUACAGCAAGCUGAAAGACAUGUUUGAAAAGCUGAGGACUCCAGCACAGCCGCUUGUGGUCAAUGCUACAGAGGUUGACGCUCCCGCUCUACUUCAUACCAUCCGUCCGCAACAUAUCCAUGUUUACCUCCGAACUGCAGCUAUGUUCAGGGAUGUGGAUGAAGUUAUUCGAGUCAUGGAUUGGGUGCUCCAAGCCUGGGAGCUCGACUCUGUUCUUGAGGAUGCGAAAAGCCCAGAUUUCAGAGGACAAUACAGUCUGAUGGCUCGCGUCUUCGCAUUCUUCCGCGCCUAUGGGGACAAAUAUAUCGAGCCGGAAGUGAUGAGCCGCUUUGAAUCUCAGUUACGCGAACUCAAUGAACAGAAAGGAUGCACCUGGCAUUGGCCGAGUGAUGAGGAAGUCGAGGAGUACAACGCCUUUGCUUUUUCUGAAGAAGGCCUCCCUUCCUUGUUUGACGAUCCGUACCUGAAGCAGGCGGGGACCAGUGCGACAGACUUAGUACGAGGUGCUGAAGUCAACAAACCCAACGACGAUAAUCUCGUCGACACGGGAGCAGAGGAAGGAAUUGAGGACGAGGACAUUGAGAACAGGAAAGACCAGGACUUGGACGAAUUCGAAGAGGAGGAGGAGGAGGAGGAUGUCGAUGAUGAGACACUCGCCAAAAAGCAAAAGUUCGGGAGCAGAAGGAGUAGCAGGCAAAGGAGGAGAAAGAAUAAAUAG